UUGUCAAACAUCGGUUGAUGACUAUCGAUAUCGAUGUCUUUCUGUUUUGAACACAUGUUUCCAGUUAUAUUUCAUAAAAAACUUUCUUGCGCGCAAAAAAUUAAUGUUUCCACGGCUGCAAAGACUGGCAUGUUUGCUGGGAUUGUUUGAGAGACAUAGUUGGCGGUGCGUUGCGUCCAGUCAAAUUGCCAAAAUGAGCAGUAGUCGGAGUGUUUGUGGGACAGACACAGACCUCGUGUGGAUGGACCUCGAGAUGACCGGCCUGGACAUAGAAAAGGAUAAGAUACUGGAAGUGUCCUGCAUUAUUACCGAUCAGGACCUGAACGUUAAGUCUGAGGGCCCCUGCUUUGCCAUCAAUCAUCCGCAGGAGGUAUACGAAUCUAUGACUGAGUGGUGCAUAAAACACCACAACGAAUCCGGCUUGGUUAGCCGCUGCAAAAGCUCUUCGGUGAAGCCGGACCAGGCAGCCGAACUUCUCCUGUCCUACCUAAAGGAAAACAUCCCCCAGCGGAAAUGCCCUCUGGCAGGCAACUCCGUCUACAUGGAUCGACUUUUUCUCAGGAGAUUUAUGCCAACUGUGGAUGAAUAUUUGCAUUACCGGAUUGUGGACGUAUCCACCAUCAAGGAGCUGGCUAGGAGAUGGCAUCCCGAGGUGGUUAGUAACGCUCCGAAAAAGACCUUUGCCCACCGCAGCCUAGAAGACAUCUACGAGAGCAUAAGUGAGCUGAAGUACUACAAGCAGAACUUGUUUAGGUAAAUCAUCCAUUUGCUUAAUCUUCCUAAGUUAUCCUAAAAGUUUUCCUCAAAAACCUUGGAUUUUACUUAUUCAAAUUCAAUUAGUUGUUAAUUAUAGAGAAGCUAAUUAUGUAAAGCAAUAAUACAAUAAAUAACUAAAAAGUGUUAAAUCUGAACUCGUUAUACCAGCAGCCUCGAGGAAGUAUCAAUCAAUCAAUCAUGCAAUAGACCUCAUUCCCUGUCUUUCUAGAAAUUCAUUCACAAUUAUAGAGGCUUUAUCAAAUAGUUUGUUAUUAUUCUAUUUUAUUUUUGACCUACCUACAAUAUUUAGCAAAACAAAAAUAUUUCAUUUUGUUUUGCAAAUAUAAAAGGUCACAUAUGAUAUUUUGGGCUUAUAAUAUUGACAAUAUUCUUGUAAAAAAAUGCAUGUAUAAAAAAAAUCAUUCAGUGAAUCGUGCGAAUAUGCACCGAGAAGCAGAAUUCUAUCAUAAGAAAUAAGAAUACGAUUGCAAUAAAAAACUCGAAGCUAGUA